CCUCCUUCCAGCCGUAUGGCUUUGGAUUUUGUUGGUGGUUCUGCUUGUGUGUCUGUGUUUUUGGGUCUGGUGGUUCUGGAUCUGUUCACGUUUCCUGUCAUCAAGAACCAUAAACUUCUGCACAGGAAGGCGGGUCAUGAUCCCUACCAAGGAAUCCCAAUACAAGAUACUGUAAAAGGGGCCCAGGACAUCUACAGACAUCACAGGUUCAGGUGUUUGAAUCUUCUGCUGCUGAUUUGCUUUAUCAAUUAUACCGAAUCCUACACUGUAGGAAACAUCUCUAUACAUGUGACAGGACAACAAGGAGAAAACGCCACCCUGGCAUGUAAUAUUGAGGACAGAGACAUUUUUCAUGUUAUUUUAACCAGUCUGGGAAGGAACAUCCCUGUCUGUGAGAUGAAAAACUGUAGUGGUCGAUUUUUUAAAAAAGGAUCAUGUGACAUCUUCAUCAAAGAUCUGCACCUGAGUGAUGCUGGGAAGUACAUUCUGAGAGUCUUUUAUAAUAAUGAUCAGACAGAAGUGGAGCGACAAAUCAGGACGUACCAGCUUCAUAUUCAUGAUGAGAUUUCUGUGAAAACAGGAGAGGAGCUGAAGUUGGAUGUUCUGUUGAUCAAUGCUGAUAAAGUGGAGAAAAACUCCAGUGGAGAGUGGACAGAGGUGUGGACGAGAGGUCACGGGGUCCAGAAUGAUCGACUGGAUGACAGUGAUGGAAACCUGACCAUUAAUAAGUUUAAAUCCACUGACACUGGAACAUACAGAGUUCUGGACUCUGAAGGAGAAAUCUUGAUCAUGGUGACAGUCACAGAAUCUGGUACACAAUCUGUGGGAGAACGCAAGGAUGGCACUGAACAUAUGUAUUGGCGUGUUGGACUGCCUGUGAUUCUGGUUCUGGUUCUGGUGGGUGUGAUUGUCUUUGUUGUCAUCAAGAAACGCCAGCGUCUGAAUGAAGGUUACUCACAGGGCAGUCAAAGUCAAGUAUUAGAUAGCCUAUAAUAAUCUCUCCUGAGGGCGCCUGCGGAAAGCGAUUAAACUGUAAAUGUACCCAGAACAUCUAGUGACGACACUGGUUACUUGAAACUCACCUUCAGAGUGUAAUGUGAGUGAUUGUUUGAGAGCGGAGAUUGACAAGGCGGCAAUGCGAUAUGCAAGCAAUGGGAGAAACGCGCUGUCUGCGCUAACAGAGUGUUUGAUUUACCAGUUUAAAAAUCCUGAAUUGUAAUAUAGAUCGCGUGUGAAACACACGAGUCAUGUUUAUUUGUGUUUACUUUGAGGUCACUGUGAGUGUUUAUACGACAUCCCGGUGUCGUUAAUCUUUCAGUCAAGCGUACGGACUGUUUUAUUAAUAUCAACUCAUAGCUCUUACGUUACUCAUCUGAACCGAACUAUAAGUUAGAGCAACAUUUGAACAGAAGAGAUUGACAAGUGUAAGCAUUGUUGUUUCCUGCACGACGAGGGAGACAUUGAGGACCAGACAGCGCCCCAAAUACCCGCGAUAUAUGGGGUUCCUCUGGCUACGCGGCAGGUGCGUUUCGUCGGCUGGCGAGGGUGAGCGAGACCGAGGAGCUGCGGGAGGCCUAAUUCAGGAGUCCAGGAUCGCUGUUUGAUUCGCACACGAAACUGAGGUACUAAUGUUGAUUUGUUUGUGCUCAAGAGAGUGAAGAGGCCAUUUUUCAGUUUCCUGGCCACCAUGAAGACGAGCUAUGAUCCAGGCCUGCAACGGUGCUGUGUGUGUAUGUGGGCCCAGAGUGUUUAAUCUUCAUUUACAUUGUGGUAUUCAGCUUAACAACUGAAUAUUCAAAGUGAUAUUUUGAAACUCUAUGUGAGUAAGUCUGUGCAAAUUUCAAUUCAAAUGAGUUUUUUCAAUCGAUUGUUUUUUUGAUACAGUUUUGAUGUUUUUUUUUAUACAUUUUUUUCCCCCCAGUGUUUUGAUAAAGAGAUACUGUUAUCUGAGAUAUUGCUUUUUUGGUGCUAAUUUGGUCAGAUUUAAAGUCACUGUGAUUGUGUGAAUACAACACAUUCUCAGAUUCAUUCAUUUGAGCUAUUUUUGACUUUCUGUUUCUGUUAAUUAAAUUCUUUUAUUCAUUCAUAAGAUUUUAUUCAUGACAAGUUAUUGAUAUGUGAAUAUAGAUAAAGAAGUACUUCAUUGUGACAUCAGAGGGGCCUAAUAACUUCAACAUCUGUAGGCAUAUAGUAAAUGAAUCUGGUGCACUGCCCUUCUUAAUUAACAUAAAGACAGGUAGGGGGCACUACAUGUAUUAACACAAAUACAAAAUUAAUUUAAAUAUAAGGAGACAGAAACAAGCCACUACUCCAAAUUAUGAAGAUGUGAUUUAUUAUCCAUUAACCACUGUUUUAUCAAUGCAGAAAAAGCACAUAAAAGAGGUAAUAUUCCAGGUAUGUGCAGCUCUAUAAGAAGAGGCUGACUGUAAAAUAUCACAUGGAAGAAGGGCUUUUGGGCAAUCUCCUCUAAGUGGCUCUAGUAGAUGAGUUAUGAUUUUGUCAAAUAAACUCAUUAUGUGGAGAUAGGCCCAUACCAUGCAAAAUUUUAAAACCCAAAUAAAAUAUCUGCAAAUUUAAUAAUAUUUCUCCAGCUAAAAAAAAAAAAAAAAAUCAUAUUUGGUUAAAAUUUUACAAUGAUGAUAUAAAUUAGACCUUUUGUCCAAUAUUUUCAAAGACUGCUUAUAGAAAAAUUCAAGAUAUGAGUCAAAAAUGCCCCUAUAUGAGUUUUUGUCUUUAUAAAGCUAUAGUUAAGCAAUAUCACACAAGCAAAAGACCUGUUUUAUCCUAGAUAUCAGCACAAUUGCAAGUCUGAUGCUGUUUUUAUACAACAUGUCAACAAACAAGUUUGUUUUGGAUCUAUUUUGCAAAUUAAAAUAGUUCCGAAUAAAUCCACAGCAGAACCGUCAUAGCUGUAGCCCCCCAAUGUGUUUCAUUCCUGGAUGAAAUUUUUGGAUGAUUUAACAGCAUUAAACUGUCAGUGUAAAUAUAUCUGAAUGCCACUUCAGAUGCAGCUUCUGUGCCAAAGAUGGAUUUUGUUGAUACUGAUUUCAUCUGAUUUGUAACAGCCCGAUUGUAUCUUAUUAUUCUAGCUGAAUUUAUUGAUUAAAUUUGACAUAAAUGAUGAAUACGUCUAUAAAAAUACCCAUAUAAAGGUAAAAGGGCCCCUAGAAAUCAAUGUAAAGGAGAAAAUAUAUCAUUUAAUGCACAGAAUAUGAAGAAUAUAAAAAGCUUUAUGAGUCAGACAGUCCUAAACCAGUACAUAAACUCUCAACAAAAUAUUGUCUAAUUACAAAAUCCCAGAAAAUAUCAAGAUAUCAUAUGUGCUUAACAACCUGAAGAGAAUAUUUGGUAUGUUUUGUACAAAUGUGUUUAAUUAUGAGGCAGCUCAAGUUUUUUCCCUGCUGCUGUUGGCUUUAACUGACCACUAGGGCAUUUUAAGAUUUCAAACGAUGUUUUUGUGUUGUUUUUCUAAGUGUAAGUAUACUUAUAGGAAAAAAACAAUGAACUUAAUUUUCAGGCAUAAAAAUAAACUUUAAUCACACUAAACAUUAUGCAGAGGCGUUUGUGGUGCUCAGAAACCAGGAGGAGCACAAUGUUUGAUGGAAUUUCAUAUUGUAUAAACCAAAGGGAUUAAUAUUGUGCUUUUUUCUGGUGUCUUCAUUACCUCACUGUGAAUGUGAAGCUUCAGAUCAUCAGACGUGUGUGAAUGUGAGCAGACAUGUCUUGUGAGGUCAGCAGGUGUGUUUUUUACACACUUCUGCUUUGAAGGAAUAAUGCAGAUCAAGCUGAAUGGCAUCUGUGAGAUGUUGAUUAUUGUAGAGCUGAGUGAAACUACAGUAAUCCCUUUAAAAGUAUACAUGUCUUCAUCAUUUCAGUAUUCAGUGAUGCAAUCCAUCAUGUUUGAGUAGUGUUGUGAUCAUUUUAAGUUUAUGGUUUUUUGUUUUCUUUCAGUUGUUUUCAACUCAGGCAAAGAGGGAAAAUUAACUGUUGAUGUGGUCACUUUAUAAAGCAUAUCCUUUAUAGAGUAUAUACAGAGCUAUUGUAGGGUUAAUUUGUACUGUUUGUAUAUGUACAUUGUACAGUAACUUAAUAAACAAAUGUCUGAGGAAA